AUCCGGAUCCGGAGCGGGAGCGGGAGCGAUGAAUCCGGAAUAUGACUAUCUGUUCAAGUUGCUGCUGAUUGGAGAUUCCGGGGUUGGGAAAUCUUGUCUGCUCCUUCGAUUUGCUGAUGACACAUACACAGAAAGUUAUAUCAGUACCAUAGGAGUCGACUUCAAGAUCAGAACUAUUGAACUAGAUGGCAAAACCAUCAAACUACAGAUUUGGGACACAGCAGGACAGGAGCGGUUUCGAACCAUCACGUCAAGUUACUACAGGGGAGCUCAUGGCAUUAUCGUUGUUUAUGACGUCACAGACCAGGAAUCCUACAAUAACGUCAAGCAGUGGCUCCAGGAGAUUGACCGAUAUGCCAGUGAAAACGUCAACAAGUUGUUAGUGGGAAACAAAUGUGACCUAACAACCAAAAAAUUAGUGGAUUACACGACAGCAAAGGAAUUUGCGGACUCGUUGGGAAUCCCGUUCUUGGAGACCAGUGCGAAGAAUGCCACCAAUGUGGAGCAGGCUUUCAUGACCAUGGCUGCUGAGAUUAAGAAGAGAAUGGGUCCUGGGGCUACUGUGGGGAGUGAGAGGCCAAACCUGAAAAUCGACAGCACCCCUGUGAAACCCUCUGGAGGGGGCUGCUGCUGAGAGCGAGGGGAAGUGGGGGGGUGUGCGUGUGGUGGGAGAUGGUGGGCAGGGGUCAUGAUGUCUGUUGGAAUUGGGGAGUGGGAGGGAGAGGAAUGAGUGUAACAUUCACUGCCGCCCCUCAUCCACCCUCGGCCCCUGCACAGAGAAUUCUUAUCCUCUUGGGAUUUGGCAGGGAUUCCAUACCCCUUCCAAACACACCCCC